AUGUCUUCAGCUGCAGUAGUCGAGGACGCGCUGGAGCCGACGCUUCAGAACAUCCUAGAUCAAAAGACGCUCAAAUGGCUCUUUGUCGGCGGCAAAGGUGGUGUGGGCAAGACCACCACCUCUUGCUCGCUUGCCAUCCAGCUUUCCAAAGUGCGCGAGUCGGUGCUGCUCAUCUCUACUGAUCCAGCACACAACCUUUCGGAUGCCUUCGGACAGAAAUUCGGUAAAGAGGCGACCAAAGUCAACGGAUUCGACAACCUCUCGGCCAUGGAGAUCGACCCGAAUUCGAGUAUCCAGGAAAUGAUCGAGCAGUCUGAUAGCCAAGGCGGAGCGAUGGGAUCGAUGAUGCAGGAUUUGGCGUUUGCCAUUCCCGGUGUGGACGAAGCGAUGGGAUUCGCCGAGAUCAUGAAGCACGUCAAGUCGAUGGAGUACUCGGUGAUCGUGUUUGACACUGCGCCUACCGGUCACACUCUGCGUUUCUUGUCGUUUCCUAGUGUACUCGAAAAAGCAUUGGCCAAGUUCAGCACUCUGGGACGAAGCCUGGGCCCCAUGCUGGGACAGUUCCAAUCGAUGCUCGGAGGAGGCGGACCUAACCAGGAAGACAUGUUCGCUAAACUGGAAAGCAUGCGCGAAGUGAUUACCGAAGUCAACACGCAAUUCAAGGAUCCGGAGAAGACGACGUUCGUAUGCGUCUGCAUCGCCGAAUUCCUGUCGCUCUACGAAACGGAAAGGCUGAUUCAAGAGUUGACGAGUUACGAAAUCGAUACGCACGCCAUUGUGUGCAACCAAUUGCUGUAUCCCAAGAAGGAUAGCAACUGCCAACAUUGCAGAGUGAGGAAGCAGAUGCAGGACAAGUACGUGGGCGAGAUGAUGGAGCUAUAUGCGGACGAUUUCCACAUUGUCAAGAUGCCCUUGUUGACUGAGGAGGUCAGGGGAACGGACAAGUUGAAGGACUUUAGCAACUUCCUGGUCACACCUUAUGUUCCACCGACCGAGUAA